AUGCAACAGCCGCAUCUCGACGUUGAGAAGGCUGCACGGGCCGAAUCUGACCUCAGCGACGACACCAAACGGGAUAACAAAGACGCCCGACAACAUAUCCCUCAAGACAACAGGAACACGGCCGAUGUGGCGAAGCCAGAGGACGCUGGCCCUCCUGAUGGGGGUGGCGCGGCCUGGCUCGUCGUCUUAGGCGCAUGGUGCUGCUCCUUCUCCAGCCCAGGCUGGAUCAACAGCGUUGGCAGCUUCCAGCAGUACUACGAAGUGGGACCUCUAAAGGAGUAUUCCGCCAGCACGAUUGCCUGGAUCCCCUCGCUCCAGAUAUUCUUCCUCUUUGCGCUGGGGCCUGUCGUCGGCAUCAUAUUCGACAAUUACGGACCGAGGCCACUCAUCAUUGGCGGGACCGUUUUCCACGUAUUCGGGCUGAUGAUGGCGUCCCUGGCGACAACGUACUAUCAGUUCCUCUUGUCCCAGGGAGUGUGCAGUGCCAUUGGCGUUGCAUGCCUAUACUCGCCAGCCCUCGCCUGUGUCUCAACCUGGUUUGUCAAAAAGCGCGGAGCAGCCAUGGGCAUCAUGGUGACAGGCUCAUCCGUCGGUGGCGUCAUCUUUCCCAUCAUGAUCAGUCGCAUGAUCCCGAGCGUUGGGUACCCAUGGGCCAUGAGAACCGGGGCCUUUCUCGUCCUCGGCCUCCAGAUCGUCGCCAUUCUCACUGUCCGCCCGAGGGUAAAGCCUGUUCCGAAGAAGAUGCCAAGUGGCCGCUUCGCUGCACCGUUCAAAGAGUUUCCCUUUGUCAUGUUGUUGCUGGGCAUCUUUGUCCUGACCUAUGGUAUAUUCAUUCCCAUCGACUAUCUAGCUUCACAGGGCUUCAAGGAGGCGCAUCUUUCGGAGGAGAUGGCCCAAUACCUGGUGGCCAUCUUCAACUCCGCAAGUCUCUUUGGGCGCCUGGCCUCUGGUUAUGGCGCCGACAUCAUUGGAAGAUGGAACAUGUUCGUCAUCGCAUGUACUCUUUCCGGGAUCACCGAGUUUGCAGUCUGGAUCCCCGCCACGCGCCCGUCCGUCGCCAUCGGCUUCGCCAUCAUGUUCGGCUUCGCGUCCGGAGCCUUCAUAGGACUUUCCGGUGCCCUGCCCGUUUCUGUGUCGCCCCCAUCCGAGGUUGGCUACCGGCUGGGUGUGGUUUUUCUGGCCAUAUCAAUCCCCGCGCUCACCAUGGCCCCCAUCGGCGGCGCCAUCCUUCAGGCUUCUGCCAAUGGCUGGUUGCACGUCAAGAUAUUUGGUGGCGUCAUGUGCCUCGCUGGAUCCGCUAUUAUCCUGAUAUCCAGGGUGCUCUAUACCGACAAGAAAUUCCUCAAGGUGUUUUGAGUGCGACGACGAAGAAGAAGCGUGGCGAACUCUAUGAACUACGGCGCAGUACGGUUUGGUUUAGAGCUAAAGGUGUUCGGGGUUCAAGACUAACAUCUCUCGGCCUGACCAUUUCUAUUUGAUUGCAUCACAACGAUCCCUAAGCACUUCGCGAUGAGCCCAUGUACGAGC